UGUUCCGCAGAGGGCCUCCUGCUGCCGAUCAUCUCCGAGUACACCUGGUCGGAGGGAGCGCGAGCCUUCCUCUACCUGGUCGGUCUCCUUUACUGCUUCAUGGGCGUCGCCAUUAUUGCGGACAUCUUUAUGGGCGCCAUCGAGAAGAUCACGAGCAAGACGAGGAAGGUGUACUUGACCUCGGAGAAGGAGGACGAGCCGGAGGUGAUUGAGGUGAGGAUCUGGAGCGACGCCGUGGCCAACCUCACCCUCAUGGCCCUCGGCUCCUCGGCCCCCGAGAUCCUGCUGUCGGUCAUCGAGGUCAUCGGCAACGACUUCGAGGCCAAGGAUCUGGGUCCCGGCACCAUCGUGGGUUCGGCGGCCUUCAACCUGUUCGUGAUCAGCGCCGUCUGCGUGAUGUCCAUCCCCGCCGGAGAGAAGAGGAGGAUUCGAGACCUGAAGGUGUUCCUCGUGACGGCCGUGUUCUCCGUGGUGGCGUACCUGUGGCUCCUCAUCAUCCUGAUGGUGACGAGCCCCAAUGUGGUGGAAGUGUGGGAAGCCGUGGUGACCUUCCUGCUGUUCCCUCUGCUUGUCCUCCUGGCGUGGCUGGCGGAGAGGAACUUCUGCGGCGUCCCCAACAAGACGGACACGAGUAAACAGAUAGAACUUGGGAACUUCCAGACAGGUGAGAUGGAGGAAGCAGCAGGUUGUGAAAAGUUCCUGGUGUGCUUAGGGCUUAAGCAACCAAGGAGAGUUAGGGCGGACAAAUUACUCAAGGAAAAGCAGUACUUCCGGGAUGGACGUCUGGACAGGGACGGGCUGGUCGCUUUCAUCAAGGAGGUGAAGAACUAUCCUGGGCUCACUGACGAGGAUGCGGCUGUACUGGCUGCCUCUAAGCUUGUGGAAUCCCAGAGCCACUCCAGGAUGUGGUACCGUGUCGGAGCUGUGAGAAACAUGACAGGUGGCCGGAAGACGCAACCCCAACUCUCGACGAAGCUGAAGGAGGUCUACAAUGCCAUGAAUGAACACCCUGAAGCACCCACACUGGGAGAUGUCCCCAAGGUAAUGCCUCACCAGAAUGCCAUCAUUGACUUCCACGCUGCUUCCUGUGCUGUCAUGGAGAAUAUUGGCAAGUUUAAGGUAGCCAUUAUUAGGAGUGGACGAACAGAUAAUGAAGUUAGCAUCAGGGUUGAAACAAUUGAUGGAACUGCUACAGAAGAUCAGGAUUAUGUCCCAAUCAAUGAAAUCGUCACCUUUGGACCUGGAGAAACAGAAAAAUUGAUUGAAGUGGAAAUCAUCAAUGACAACCAGUGGGAACCUGAUGAGGAGUUUUUCCUGAAGAUCUCAUUGCUCUUCAAUGCUGAAAAGCGUCAGGGAGUUCAGCUUGGCCGAAUCUCAAUCAUGGAAAUUACUAUUCUCAACGAUGAUGAACCUGGUUUGGUAAUGUUCCAGAAGCGAGGUUUUCUUGUAAAGGAGAGCAUUGGUAAGGCUAUCAUCCCUGUAGUACGAAAGAAUGGAGCUGAUGGUGAAAUUACUGUGAAAUGGAGGACAGUCGACAAAACUGCUAUAUCAGGAAGGGACUUCGAAGGAGGAGAAGGUGUUCUUGUAUUCAAGCACACUGAGAUUGAACAGAAUAUUGAGAUUCCAAUUAUUGAUGACAUGACCCCAGAAAAAGAUGAGCAUUUUGAGAUUGAGCUUCUUGAACCCACCGGAGGAGCUAAAUUGGGCCAGAUCAACCGCACAGCCGUUACUAUUACUAAUGAUGAUGAUUUCAACAAUGUUUUGGCCAACAUGAUGAUCAUGACAAAUGCCAAUGUGCAUGCACUGCAAGUUCACCAUGAGACUUACCUGAGUCAGAUUAAGGAUGCUCUCAAUGUUAAUGGUGGUGACAUUGAAAAUGCAACAGGAAUGGAUUAUGUGAUGCAUUUCCUUACCUUUGGGUGGAAAAUCAUAUUUUCUCUGGUGCCUCCCCCUGGCAUACUUGGUGGCUGGCUGUGUUUCUUCGUAUCUCUUGCCGCUAUUGGUUUGCUGACAGCAAUUAUUGGUGACUUGGCUGCCACAUUUGGUUGUCUUGUAGGACUCAAGAACUCUGUCACUGCCAUCACCUUCGUUGCCCUGGGAACUUCACUGCCAGAUACCUUUGCAUCCAAGACGGCAGCAGUUCAAGAGAAAUACGCUGAUAAUGCUGUGGGUAAUGUAACAGGCAGUAACUCAGUCAAUGUGUUCCUGGGAUUGGGAGCACCAUGGCUACUUGCAGCGAUAGUCAACAUGAUAAGGGGAAAAGAAUUCUACGUUCCUGCUGGUAACCUAAGCUUCAGUGUUAGCAUAUUCACUGGUCUUUGCAUUUUGUGCAUUGGUCUCCUUUUGCUGAGAAGAUUCCUGGGAGUGUUUGGAAAAGCAGAGCUUGGAGGAAAUAUUAUAAUGAAAUACGUCUCAGGAGCUAUCAUGAUUCUAUUCUGGCUCAUCUAUGUGCUUUGUACCUCUUUCCAGGCCUAUGGAUACUUUUAAAUAGAUGUUUGUUAUGAUUACCUGUUUGUAAGAUUGCUCUUUUGUACAACUUUAUUGUAGUUCUCUCGGGAAUUUAAUUUUGGAGAUACCCUUCCUGAAUUACAUCUCUGUGAUUGCAUAAUCAGAAUAGAGUGCAUAGACUCUUUUGAAGAUCAUAAAAGUUAUUUAACAUGUCAUAGUGAGAAUAGUGGUUCUUAUUAAAACCAUAAAUAUAAUACUGAUGUCUAUGCAUUUAUUUCAAGAUCAAAAAUUGUAAAGGAAAACUUCAAAGAAUAUAAAAGAAAGCAGAUUGCUUUUACAGCCAUCUAUAAUUUAUGCAGAUAAAUGCAAUUUGAUUUUUGACUCAAAGAUAAUAAAAAACUAUUUUGUGUACUUAAAGAUUAUCACAAAUAUUUAUCUUUUUAAACUUUCUUUUUUUUAAUGAAAUAUGGGGUUUGUCCAUUUGUCCUCAGUUUAGCUGUAAACUUACUAUGCUGUAAAUUAUUUUGCUGACAUACUAAACAUAUGCCUUCUACAAGAAAUACAAAGUGAAGAAUGACAGGCCUGUCUCUUUAUUUACUUCAGUGCAACAGGAAUAUGUAAGUGUAAAGCAACUCCUGAUGUUGUAAAUUCAUUAUGUACUAAAGUAAAUUUUGGUAAGCUAAUCAUGCCUAGUAUCAGGUUGGUUAGAAGCAUUCUUCCAAGCUCUUAUGUUGGAUGUAAGAUUUUCCACACAGAUACCUAAGAAAUUGUAUGGGAAGGGAAAUCUUGGUAAAGUUUCAUGCAUAAGUAUGCUUCCAGCCAAAAAAAUGGGACAGCUUUCCAAAAUUCACUUUAAGAUACUCAUGAAAACAACUGAACAGUUUUUUAAAAGCAAAAUUGUAAUUCCAUAUAGUAUUAAUUACUUAAAUACUUUUUCAUUUCAGUAUAUCACAGGUCUCUUUAAAUGUCUCAAGUUAACUUAUAUGCAUCAGCAUUUAAUUAAUCCAGAUGAUUUAUUCCGUAUGACUACCAAAAAAAUAUCAUAUAAUGAAAACUUAAAAUUUAAGUAUGAAUUGAUGCAUAACUUGUUGACAUAAUUAAACUUAUUAAAAGUAUUCAUUUUAUUUAUUUUUUUUUCCAAAUAUAUGAUCCAAAAUAGCAUGGGAAAAAAUGACAAAAUCUUUCAGUCUAAUGAUGUUUUCCCUCUUUGCCCUUUCAUGAGCUGCAUCAUUUAACUAGACAAUUACAAAAGAAAGAAUUUUCUAAUGAAUACAUACAUGCAUAAUAACUAAUCACUCGUAAACAAUAACUAAAAAAGUAUGCAUAUUUGCUUACUCAUAAAAGGGUAAAAAUGAAGGACCUGAUUCCUCAUUUUGAAUGUAUCAUAGGCUAAGGUUAUGUGCUUCCCAGGUUGGUUAGACAGCAGGUAAAUUAUACAUUUUAAUAUAAACUAAACCUUCAGCUGACGUUAGUAUUUAUGAUUAUUUAGGUAUUCAUAUAUAUGUGUGUUAAUGUGUAUGUAUGAAAUUAAUAUUUAGGCAUUUACAGAAAUGUAUUUUGUAUGUGUCCUAAAGAUUAUAUGUAUGGAAAUGCCUACAAUUGUUUUAUGUUGUUCUUUGUUUGUCUUCUGUUUAGUUCUUGCUAGUGGACAGAUAACUUUCACAAUGUAGUAAAAGCAAACACGUAAGGUACCAUCUAGUUCUGCAUUUUCUUAUAGAAAUAUUGGCCAUUGCUUUUACAGUUAGUGUUUAAAUUUCAUUAUAAGAGAGCCGUAAUGCUAGCUGUUAGUUCUUAGGAAUUUCACAUUUGCACAACUUUGAUAUUUUUGCUUUCAGAAUUUUUUGUGUUAUAUGGACUUUUGCUUUACUUCAGAAACCAUGUAUUUCUUGGUUUUCAUGAUGUAGAUUUAGGAAUAAUUUUAGCAUUACUGAUAGUACUCUCAUGACUGACUCCUAUGUUAUUGCUAGUACUAAUAUCAAGCAUAACAUAUGAAAAUACCUGUAUUAUAAAUUUAUAUCAUAAAAAUACCACCUCUUAUGUCAUAGUUUUCAUAUCUCUUGUAAAAACAAAGGUUUGAGUAUCAUGUGUUAAUUUGUUUAUGCAUUUCUAAUUGCAAAUAAUGAUGUUAUUUGUAAAAGAAUCUCAGAGGAGGUGGAACUGAAUUAGAUUUGUUAAUUCAUAGACGUCAAUAGAAAAAAAAUGUGAGAUUUUUCUAAUGAUAUUCAAUUGAUAUACUUUGUAUCACUCUCAAGUAUGAAUAGUAAGUACUUUUUCAGAAUAUUUAGUAUUGAUGUGUGCCUUAAUUUUAGCCAAAGAAUUGUUUGUAUUUUAUUUUUCCAUGACUUGGAGAUAUUUUAGAAGCGUAUUAGGGAGAUUAGAUCUUCCCCAAUAUAGAACAUAUGGCAGUUAUGUAUCAGUUGUGUGAAUAAUGCUAUUGUGGCAUUUUAAUUACACAUUUGAGGUAUUGACAAAACAUAAUAGUUUACAUUUUACAAGCUAUUUUCAUGACACCUCAGUCAGUGAUAUAGAGGGGGUAGUCUUUUUAUAUAUCAUCUAUUUUUCUGAUUGCAAAUCAUAGCAAGAACUUUAUGUAAAGAGUGUGUUGCUUGCUUUCAAAUGAUAGGCAGGAAAACUUUUGUAUGGAACUUCUGUAAAUGUUCUAAAUUUGUCAUAAAUUUUGUUUUAAAGAAGAAAAAAAGGGUUGGAAGGGUUGUUAUAUAAUAAGCCUGUUGUUUAUUUUAUUGCAUAUAGAAUGUUAUUAAAAUAUAGGGUUAUAAACUUGGCUUAUAUAAAGAUAUUGUUACUAAAAAUGUUUAUAUAUUUUUUUAUUCAAAAUUUGUUAUGAAAUAAUCAUUUUUUUGGUGCUCUCUUUAUUUAUCUUUAUUUAUUUUUCAGUCUCUAAAUUUUUAUAAUUUUUAACACAAGUUCCUUUGUAUUUUUUUUUGAUAAAUUGAUUAAUAUAUAUGUAUAAGGCUUCUGUUAUUUGAUGUGCAUCUUUCAACUUAAACUCCACGCAUCAGCAAUACUGUUCACUCAUCUUCUGUAGUUGUGUGGUCGUUGUUUGUUCCAACCUGUAUAACCUAACUGACAGAUGGUCAGUUUAAUCUUAAAUAUAACUGGGUAAGUCAAAUGCCAAUCUGUUUUUUAUACUGUAAAUCAACAUUAUAGAAAAGUAGGACUUUGUCAACUUUUUCUCUUUCAAGUAUUGUAUAGAGUAUCCAUGCAGAUAAUGUUUUUACUGUCAUACUUAUAGUAAUCUUUGGAUAGAAGGAUGAAUAUCAGCAUCUGAUUGAAAGCCUGUGCAAAGUUGAUUUACUUCUACUCAUAUCAAGUUCGAUAAAAUGGUACUUAAGUCCUGUAUUUUUCCAUAAUAGCUUAUAUUUAGUACUGAAGAAAAACUAAAGAAAAUUUCUCAAUAUCUUUCCUUAAUAGUGUACAGGCAUUUCAGCAACAGGGGAUUGUUCUCACUCUGGCUUAUUGAUCAGGUAUUGAAAGUUGUCAAGAAUAGAUCUUUCUCUUUUUCAUCUGAAAUUAUGAAUAUAAACAACUUUGUCCUAUAAAUAUACAUUGGUAUAAAUUUCCUGUUUACUUUGUUUUGUCCCGUUGUUAUCUAGAUUUACGUUAUGUGAGAUGUAAUAAUCAUGCUGUAUUUUAAGGUCUCUUCUUAGAAUGGUAAGACUUUGUAAAUCUUUGUUCUAGCCCAUUUUUUCCAAGAUGGGAAUGGAAGUUAUUGUUAUUCAUAUGAAUUACAAUGAAAAUACAAAAAAAAUCAAAGAUAUAAUUGUGAUAGGAACUCUCUUAAAUGAUUAUUGAAAUACUUAGGUCAACCAUUGGAUAUUUGUAAAUCAAAACUUUGGGAUCCAAGCAGUAAUAUUUUCUACAUGCUUAUUUUCAUCAGUCCCUUCACUUUUCAACUCUAUUGUUCAAUGUGCUGUUCUUGCCAAAUAAAGAAUAACAUAAGAAUAACAUUC